AUUUUUGGUGGAGGAUAAGAUCCAAUAAUAGGGGCCAACAGCUAAUGGCUGACUGAUAUCAUACACCAUUGUUUAUUCAAAUACAAUUCUUUUGUCAAUAGAAACAGGUCACAUGAAUUAGACCAAGUGUGGGGCAUUUGGUCAUGGCCUGAAACACAUUUUGGUGAAAAAGAAAGGUGAAGCAAUUUGGGACCUCUUCCAUUUGACCAGAAGAAAAAAGUUGCAGGUUCCCGUGCCAUCCCUUGCCAAGGUAGGUAUCAGAUGAGACUUGAGAGUUGAUUGUUGGGUGAGAAGAGGACAUGAAGCGGCUAAGAAGGUGCCAGCUGCUUUAAUAUAUAAUACCGAAGUUCAAAGAUGGCCCAUCGCUCCCAAGACCUGGGGGGCUGGGGUUGAGUCGUCAAGCUCGCCUUAACCUGAUGUGAGAGCGUGACUUCCGCCUCCGUGGCACCGACUUUGGGUUUACGGUGCCUUCCCAAAAGGAGAAGUUUAGAUUUCAUCAUCUCAGGAGAAUAAGACGAGCCAUGAAGGACCCACACCCCAUGGAUUGAUGCAGAGAAGUCCUUUGUACUGAUCUAUAUCAGUGAAUUCAUCUGCUUAAAACAGCAAAAAUGAUGACGGGAAGGAAUUCUCUAGGUGGGGUAAUGGGGGUUGGGUUGGUGGCAGGUCUGGCAGGUCUGGCAUUGCUGAUUUCCCAUUGCUUUAGUCCAACUGCCACAUUUAAGAGAAGUUAGUGUGACCUUCUGGCACUGGAUGAUCAUGGAGGCUUCCUGGAUUUGCUUUCAUAAGGGCCCACAAUUUAGUUUUUGAUAAUAAAUAAUCCUUGGAACCCAAAUAUAAAAUCACCAAUUCAACCUUCAGGGGAGUCUUGGAAGCCAGUCAUUUUGGUCUGCAACAAUUUCACUUUAGCUUCUUAUUGGUCAUGAAGGGUCAACAAUCAUGGGAUCCUCAAGAUCUUCUAGACGAUUACAAAGUCUUCAACAUCCGUAUUCCCUUUAAUCCAUACAUUAAUCUUAGCUUCUUAGGUUGGAAUUGAGGAAGAGGAUGACUGAAAAAAUAGAGGGGGAAAAAUCGAUGGGGAGCCUCUUUUUUCUUGUUACCUGCUCUGUUUUCCUCUGUUUCUGUUCUAUAUAUACAGAAUCGAUUGCAGUUAACUCCAUCACUCGAUCUCAGCCCCUGAGUGAUGGACAAACCUUGGUUUCCGGACAAGAAAGAUUCGUACUGGGUUUCUUCAGUGCUGGUGUAUCUAGGAAUCGUUACGUUGGGAUCUGGUACACGGAUAUCCCUGUUCAAACGGUCGUCUGGGUCGCAAACAGAGAUAAACCACUUAUAGACUCAUCCGGUGUACUCAGGAUCGACGUUAGAGGCAAUCUUGUCCUUGUCAAUCAAAAAAAUUACAUAUUUUGGUCUUCAAAUUUGUCCAGAGCAGCUGAGAAUCCAGUGGUAGAGCUCCUGGAAUCUGGAAAUCUUGUUUUGCAAGACCAAAGAGGUGGUGUGGCAGGGGACUUUCUCUGGCAGAGCUUCGAUUACCCAUCGGAUACGUUGCUCCCCGGGAUGAAACUGGGAUGGAACUUGAAGACUGGACUGGAUCGUCGCCUAACGUCAUGGAAGAGCCCCGAUGACCCUUCUUCAGGAGAGCUCAGUUAUGGGAUUGAGCUCCAUGGAUACCCAGAAGCAGUGAUGUGGAAGGGAACCGAAGAGCACUACCGGAGUGGACCUUGGAACGGGCUUAGGUACUCCGGGGCACCUGAAUUGGCACCCAAUAUGGUGUUUAGCUUCAGCUUCACGGCCAACGCGGACGAGGUGUACUACAUAUACCAACUUAACCAACAGGGAUCGAUUCUAUCAAGGUUGGUAUUGAACCAGAGCAGCAACAAUGGCGGUGAGCUUCAACGUUUUACAUGGAAUGGUAAGAGCAAUAGUUGGCAGCUAUUUUUAUCAGUUCCAAGAGAUUAUUGCGACACUUACGGUCUAUGUGGGGCAUACAGUAACUGCGACACGAACCAGUCGCCCCCUUGCCGGUGUUUGGGAGGAUUCAAGCCAAAGUCGCUGGGAAACUGGAAUUCCAUGGAUUGGUCCGGCGGAUGUGUGCAAAAGACGGCGUUGAGUUGCAAGGGGCAUGAGGGGUUUCUGAUGUUUAGUGGGUUGAAGCUGCCGGAUACGAAACGUACAUGGGUGAACAGGAGCAUGGAUUUGAAUGAGUGUGAGAUGAUGUGUUUGAAGAAUUGUUCCUGUAACGCUUAUGCCAGAGCAGAUGUUAGAGGAGGUGGGAGUGGGUGUGUUCUCUGGUUCGGUGAUCUGAUCGACAUUAGACAGUUUCCUAUUAGCAGUUCAAGUAGUGGGCAAGAUCUUUUCAUCCGUGUUGAUGCUUCUGAAUUAGCGGUUGCACAAGGUGAUUCCAAGAGAAAGGGCAAAGUGAUAGUGGCAGUCACAAUAGCACUAGUUUCAGGAAUACUUCUCCUGGGCUGCUCUGGUUGGUACCUUUGGAAGUGGAAGAUCAACAUGACAAGUCCCGAAGGCAAGGAAGUGGAUAAUGAAGAGCAAGAUAUUGUAGAAAAGAGCCAAAUGGAUGACCUUGAGCUACCUUGUUUCAAUUUGGCCACCAUUGCUAUAGCCACAAAUAACUUCUCAGACUCAAAUAAGCUCGGUGAAGGUGGCUUUGGCCCUGUUUACAAGGGUGAACUAUGUGGGGGACAAGAAAUAGCUGUGAAGAGGCUCUCCAAGAACUCAUUACAAGGAAUUGACGAAUUCAAGAAUGAAGUCAUAUUAAUUUCAAAACUUCAACAUAGGAAUCUUGUUAAGGUUCUUGGUUGUUGUAUUGAAGGUGCAGAAACCAUGUUGAUCUAUGAGUAUAUGGAGAACAAGAGCUUGGACCAUUAUAUUUUUGAUGAGAAAAGAAGCACAUUACUAGACUGGGAAAAGCGCUUCAACAUUGUUUUUGGAAUUGCUCGGGGACUUCUUUAUCUCCAUCAGGACUCUAGACUACGAAUUAUUCAUAGAGAUCUCAAAGCAAGCAAUAUUUUACUAGACUGCAAUAUGGAACCAAAAAUUUCAGACUUUGGUAUGGCGAGAAUUUUUGGAGGAGAUCAAAUAGAAGCAGAAACAGACAAGGUGGUUGGAACAUAUGGUUAUAUGUCUCCGGAGUAUGCAAUAGAAGGGCUCUUUUCGGUAAAGUCAGAUGUUUUCAGCUUUGGAGUUCUGGUGUUAGAGAUGGUAAGUGGGAAGAAGAACAGGGGGUUUUCUAAACCAGAACAUCAACUUAACCUACUUGGGCAUGCAUGGAAACUUUGGAAUGAAGGAAAGGCUUUGGAACUGAUAGUCCCAUCAGUGAGAGAUUCAUGUGUUGCAACUGAAGUGUUAAGAUGUAUUCAUGUGGGUCUCUUGUGCGUCCAACAACAAAUGGAGAACAGGCCAACCAUGUCAUCGGUGGUGUUCAUGUUGGGUAGUGAAAAUGCAGUGCUGCCCCAACCUCAGCAACCAGGCUUUUUUUCAGAGAAGUAUUCCACCAAGGCAAGUUCAUCAUCUUCAAGUAUGCAACACUCCUCUUCCACAAAUUGUGUAACAGUUACAUUGUUAUCAGGUCGAUAGAGCUAAAAUGUUAGCCUUUAGUGUCUCAUGGCUCUCUUACUGAUUUUCCAUGAUUUAAAUGUUACUCUCUCACGACCAUGCGUAAUGUAAAGUGAAAAAGCAAUGGGUUGUGUACUUAAUUACA